GGCUUGCUUUUGUUGUGUGUCUUACAGUGGAAAAUGAAGCUCGGAGAGCCGGAGCAGGAGGCAGUGCCAGUCCGCUGCUGCUGUUGUGGGCUGGACUGGAUUACAGAGCAAGAUCUCUACUGACAGCACAGGCAGACAAAAAGGGACUGUGAGCGAAGACAAGGGAAAGAGUCUUUUACUGAGCUAGAAAAGAUAGGGCGAGUGCUAAAAUAUAGUUGUUUUUUUUCAAUAAGCGAUAUUUUGGGUGCUAAUAGUACUGUGUGUGUGUGUGUGUGUGUGUGUGUGUGUGUGUGUGUGUCAUUAGAUGAGUGCUGGCAUGGGGCAUCAGGUUAAAGGCAUAGGUGCUUGGGAGGGAAAGGUUUAGGACCGUCAUUAUAGUAAAGGUUGAUUUACCUUUUAUUGGGAUGUUAGAAGGCAGAACAUAUGUUUGGAAGGGAUAUUUUUGAAUGGUUGCUGCAUAGUUGCCUUGUUGGAUGUGCCUUUGUUAUGUUUCCAUAUAAUUAAUAGCCAUUUCUUUUGUAAAUGGUCUUAUUGUGCAUGUUAAAAACAAUUGUGACUUUGCAGGGUGUAGCAGAUCAUUUGGGGGACUACAUGUAUGCUGCAGAAUCCAUAUGAGCUACAGUACAUGACAACCUGUGUCCAAGGAGACAAUGUAAAGUUGAAGAUGGUGGUUGACUGUGGCAGAUUGCUUUUUGUUGGUGUGGUGAUGCAGAAACAGUGUUUGAAAUGUCCACCAGCAUUUGAAGGCAUGAUUUUUCAGAGAAAUGCUCGGUAAAAAAAAAUGCAGUUUGUUGAUUCAGUUUUCUUCCACAUGGAAUACCAUUUCUGUGAUGUAAUGGCUAAAAAUUAAUAUCCUGGACACAUAGGGAAGCCAUAUGUGUUUUUAGACUACAAUGCCAGAGUGACUUUCAGUGGCUUUAGGCCUAGACUGUAGGCUAGGUUUGGAAAAUGAUCCAGAAUAAGACUGCAAGCUGUUGAAUGUUGCAUCCUAAUAUCAUAAAGCAGCCAGAUGCCUUCAGUGUCAGACAGUGAAGAUAUGCCAUGCUAAAGGACAUAGUGAAGUGCAGGAUGGCAUUAUCAAAAGGUCUUGGCAUUUGUCUUGAUUUCUUUACAGUGUGUGUAAAACCUUAAGGACAUCUCCCUGUUGAAUUAGAUCUGCCUUCAUUCAUGAAAGAGAGAGAAAUAUUGCUGGUUUUGAUUUGUGGAAUAUGUGAGUGAGAUAUUAAGACCAAGGUGAUAUUUUAAAAGAAUUCAAUGAAUUUGUAAAUUUAGACAGAUAAUGAAAUAUGGAUAUGAAUGCCACUGAAAUGAGGGAGUUUGCUGACCUUGGGUAAGAGGAGUAGGUUCCUGGAGAAGAAAGAUGUGGCGUCACCUGCUCAACUCACCGUGGCGGGACAUGUUCACUGAGCAGAUAUUUGCUUUAACUUGAAAAGCCCUUCCUCUGGCAGAAUUGACAGCUUGGUGAUAACGUGUUUAAUAGAUCAUUUUACACCUCUUGUCGUAGGAUUUGAUGGACUGCCUUUGGGGAUCUUUGCUUGGAACCUAGCUGGUUCAGUGACUCAAUGCAGUUUUGCGUAUCCAAAAAAAGGUUUCAUCUGUUGGAUAUUACAUGGUUACCUUGGAUCUAAUAGAUUAAGAACAUUCGCUUGGAUAUUGCGGAGAUUCUCCUCUGGGAUUUUUACACGAGUGGAGGUCAAGCAGUGCCAGUGUUUGGCCCUUGAAGAGUGUGAUUCUCUGUAAGAGGUGGGUUUAUCUGGAUGUUUCCCAUGAAGGACAUGGAUGGCCCUCGAUCCAGUGGCCUCCGCAAGAAGAGGAAGUCAAGGUCAGUGAGGGAUCGGGACCGGAGAUCAAAUGGGAUAAGGAACAACCAUGUCAAGGGCUCCGUCUCUCGCUUCUCCUCCGACUCAGAGCGGGAGGGUGACAGGGAGCCUUCCUCAUCCCGCCCUCGACCCCCGCGAAGAAAGCGAAAGGAGUCUACUUCUGCUGAAGAGGACAUCAUUGACGGCUUCUCCAUCACAGGCUUUGUGACCCUGGAGGCUCUGGAGAAGAACUUGACACUGAAGCCCCAGGAGUGCCGAGACAACCAGGCAGGGCCCCUACACAAGAAAAAGGCUGCCAGGGUCCCCAACGGCCUGAGCCUGGAGCCCUGCAAGAACAAUCACCACCACCAGCAGGCUUCCGACCAGGAGAACAACCCCCGCCUGGCGCACACACAAGGCAAGAGGAAGAAGAAACACCUGAACAAGAAACACACAACGCUGAAGCCAGGGCAGAACAACUGUAAGGACAGCGACAGCGAGAGUGUAAGCGGAGAGUCCAAGCCUUCCAUCAGGAGCAGCUCCAGAGGCAGGCUGACAGAUUGUGACACAGAGAGUGACCAAGACGACAAGGUCUCCGAUGCCAGCUCAGAGAAAUUUUUCAGCACAGCUGCAGUUAAAGUUCCAGAUUUUGGCAUCCAUGUGCUCUCCACCAAUGACAGCCAGGAGCCUCAUGGCCCAGGCCUCCUCAAGGUGUCAGGCCUAGAGCGCAGUCAGGAGAGGAGCCAGGAGACCUGCAGGGACCCCCAACCCCUUGCAUCCAGCACCCGCAGUCAGCCUCUGCCCCCCAAAGCCCUGCCCCAGCCGUCUGUCCCCCAGCCCCUGUCCCCUCAUCGGACCCAGACAAACUGCCCUACCCAGGCUCCGGCCUCCACAAACCUGCCCCCACGCUCAGAGGCUCUCCCCAGGCCUCAGACGCCCGCAGCCCUGCCUCUCGCCCAGGGCCAAGAGCCCUCGCCGCCCCCCCCUCCCCGGCCCCAGCACCAGCCUGAACUGCUGUCCCACCCCCGGCCUCCGCCAACGCCCAGCCUUCACCCACACCCACCGUCGCCUGCCCUCCCCACCCAUCACCCUCACCAACAGCACCCGAGUCAGGCCGGGCCCCACCGGCCCCCGUCGCGCUGCCACCCCCGGCCCCUUUCUGCCUACAACGGCCUCCACCUCAACGGUCACAGCAGCAGCAGGAGCAGCACCCCAGGCACCAAGCCCCACGGGCCCCCUGCUCCCUCUUUACACCUUCCCCACCACCCGCCUCCUCCUGCCGCCGCAGCAGCAGCAGCCUCCACCUUCCCGCUGCCCUUGGCGGCUAACCAGAACACCCCCCACAGCUUCCCCCCUGCCUUGCAGUCCUCGCCACACCCACACCACCCCAAUAUGUUCGCUCCUCCAGCGGCCUUGCCUCCACCACCACCACUUACGUCUAGCACCCUGCCAGUCCCCGGACAUCCUGCUGCUGGGAGCGCCUACUCAGAGCAAGACCUUCUGCGCCAGGAGCUCAACACCCGUUUCCUGGCCUCCCAGAACGCCGACCGUGGCGCCUCGCUGGGCCCACCGCCCUACCUGCGCACAGAGUUCCACCAGCACCAACAUCAGCAUCAGCACCAGCAUCAGCACCAACACACCCACCAGCACACCCACCAGCACACCUUCACGCCCUUCCCCCACGCCAUCAUGCCCACCCCAGCACCGCCCAUGGUGCGUACCCCUGCCAGAAAUUUUGAAAAAUACCCAACAAAAGUUGACCCCUUCUACAGACACAGUCUCUUUCACUCCUACCCACCGGCCAUGUCUGGCCUUCCUCCCGUCAUCCCCCCGACCGGGCCCUUCGGCUCGCUGCAGGGCGCCUUUCAGCCCAAGACCUCUAAUCCACUCGAUGUGGCCACAAGACCUGGAGGCGUCCCACACACAUUCUUGCAGAAGGACCCCAGGCUAACAGAUCCAUUUCGGCCCGUUCUCAGGAAACCAGGGAAGUGGUGCGCCAUGCACGUCCACAUCGCCUGGCAGAUAUACCACCACCAACAGAAAGUAAAGCAGCAGAUGCAGGUCGACCCUCACAAACUAGACUUUGGCCUCAAGCCCGAGUUCCUGAGUCGACCUCCGGGCCCCAGCCUUUUCGGCGCCAUCCAUCACCCCAGCGACUUGGCACGGCCUGCCACACUCUUCUCUGCCGCAGGUCCCGCGCACCCGUCGGCUGGUCCUUUCGGUCAUCCGCCCCACCAUCCUGGAAACUUCCUCGCCCCGGCAUCUCACUUGGAACCUUUCGGUAGGCCCGCGUCGUUUGGAGGACUGGGAUCCCUCAGUUCGUCGGCCUUCGGGGGACUGGGCAAUCCGGCGCUAAAAUCCCUAACAGCGGCCAACUCGGUGUUCGGCCAUAAAGAUGGCCCCAACGCGCAGCAGCACUUCAACGGCAGCGGCCACCAGGAGCCGUGGAACCGCCUGCACCGCACUCCGCCCUCCUUCCCCACGCCGCCGCCCUGGCUGAAACCCGGAGACUCCGAGAGGAGCGCCUCGGCCGGCUCGCACGAGAGGGACCGAGACUCUGACAAACGGGACUCGGUCGGUAAAGACGACAAAGACAGGGACUCUGUGGAAAAGCGCCAUCCGAGCCAUCCGUCCCCGGUUCCCAUCAACCCCGUCGGCCUCCUCGGCCACGCCCGGCCCCCCGAGCACCACAGGAACCACCUGCCCCCCGCUUCUGGAGAGCCUCAGCGAGACAAGGAAAACAAGGCCAAAGACCGGGAGAGGGAGCACCCAGACUCCUGGAAAGACAAUGGCACGGAUGACCGCAAGCACGGCGACAAGGACGCGCCCGUCGUCCGAGCGUCAGAGGACAAAGCGUCCAACGGGGGAGCGCCGUCGCCCUACGUCCGGCAGACCGGCCUCGAGCGUCCCAACGGCGGGCUGAGCAGGGAGGUUCUGGACAAAAAGGUAGAGCUGCCGUACGAGCACCAGAAGAAGAACAGCGAGGUGAAGGUAAAGGAGGAGAGGAAGGAGGAGCAGGACGGAGCCACAGAGAGGGCAAGCGAGCACCCGACGCAUGCACCCUCCACGCCAAACCUCCACCCUCCCUCCUCAAUGCCCAUGCCCAUGAGCGUGGCUGGCGUUCACCCCAUCAACAGCAUCAGUAGUCUGGAGAGAACUCGAGUGGUGGCACCCUUCAUGGGUAUCAGCCCUAUCCCGGGAGCUGACAGGUUCCCUUACCCUGCCUUCCAUUGGGACCCCAUGAGGGACCCCUACAGGGGCCUGGACAUUCACAGACGGGACCUGUUGCUAAGGAAUGACCCCCUGCACCGGCUGGCGGCGCCUCGCCUCUACGAGGCUGAGCGCUCCUAUAGGGACCGCGAGCCUCAUGACUUUAAUCGUGAUCACAUCCACCCUCUGGCCCUGGAGCAGAGGAGGGAGCAUGAGCGCGCCCAUCUGGAGGAGCGCGAGCGCCUCAACAUGCUCAGGGAGGACUAUGAGCACGGGCGGCUCCACCCCGCGAUGCACCAUCCCGCCCUAGACGGACACCUCCCGCACCCCGCCCAGGGCCUCAUGGCCCCCGGACUCCCCGGCAUGCACUACUCGAGGGUCAGUCCCUCGGCUGCAGCGGCCCAUCAGAACGGUAUCCUUAACAAAACGCCGCCCGCCGCCUCUCUGAGUGCCCCGCCCCCUCUCAUCCCCACACUGGGCGCCAGGCCCGGCUCACCCAGACGGACUACUCCCCUGACCGCAGAUAUCAGAGACAGAGCGGCUCACAAAGACAUCGAGGCGCGGUGAGCUCUGACUCGGCGCCCCUGCGGCCCCGCGCCUCGCUAACACUGAACUCGCACCGAGCACUUAGCUUUGGGCAAAGCAAGACUGUAACAUAGCUGUGAAUAACUUAUGUGGGGCAGAGACGUGCCCGCACAAUGAAUUGUUUUUGUAUAAAACUAGAAAGAGACAAUAAUCGUGGAACAAAACAAAAAGAGAUUUUUUUUUCCCGUUUGCUCCAACUUUUUGUGUGCAUUCUUUAUCUGGUAUAGCAAAGUAAGAAUGAACAAUUUUGGAAUGUACAGGUACUCUAGCACUGACAGACAGCAAAGUGUGUACGGUCGCUGUGCUCACCCUGUAUGGAUUAAAAAUCAUGGUACAAAUAUGCAAAAGGGUGUUUGGAAAGCUUUACUUUGAACACGUAAAUAGAGUAUUACAGCAGUGCUUCAGAAUGUGCUUUUUGCCAUUUCCUUUUUGUUUUGUUUUUUCAGUUGACGCAGCCGAUUAGCAUUGUACCAGAGACCCCGUAUUCAACUAUGCAACAAAUGUCUGGGCUCCCUUUCUGAAAGCUGGCCUUCUCACCACUACCGACUGUGUAACAAUUAAGGACAAACGGCUGUAUUCUCUCCGCGACUCGGACGCGCGUUAGAUCCAUGCAAACGGAUACAAGCUUUAACUGAUCCGCGCGGGGGUUGUAGGUAGCAAUUUGGAUUAAACAAAAAGGUAAUGUUUUGAGAAUUACUUUCUCAGUUGUGGCGACAAUCCUAGAAAUGCAUUUUAAAGAUUUCCAAUGUUGAGAGCUAGCAGCACAAACUUUUUUUCCCACACUUGACCAGUCUGGUUCUGGGGAGAAUGCGGCACAUUAAACACCGUGACAGCACAUUUGCCCCAUUGAAGGAGUGUAAAGUACAUGUUUUGGAAAUUUGGUUCUGUUGGUCAAACAGUGUAUUAAAGUGCUUUCUUGAGUUGUUGUAAAAACUACAAAAUCAAAAGACAAAAAAGCAAGUCUAAACUAUGGACAGUUUGUUUCUAAUGAGCAGAGAUCUAUUUUAGUAGUCCACUGAAGGUUUAGUUGUGCGCUUCAAACUCUGUGAUAUCAUGUCGUGCAGUGUUUUUUAAUCCAACGUAAAAAUGUCCACCGGAGCCAUAGUGGUUAGUCGAUGCGUAUUGCAAAAAGAUUGUUGAGAGAAUUUUUUUUGCUGUUAACCGUGUACAGGGGAAAAAAGUAAAGUCUUUCUAGAUCGUGUACAAAAAUGAGGAAAAAAAUGAAGCGACUGAAUCUUCAGCAUGCUCCUCAUUUAAACUUGUGUUAUGUAAAUUGUGCCAUGUUAUUAAAAAAUGUGUACUAACCCUG